UGUGGGCCCAGUUGACUCAUUCUUCCCUCCAUACCAGUCUUCUUCCACACAACAAAACAAUGGAACCCCUUUCUAUUUCAACACAAUCUCCCUCUUCAUCUUCUUCACUCUUCACCUCUCAAUCAACCAUGGAGUUCACACGCAAAACCCUCUUUCUCUCCUUCUCCUUCCUCUCCUUCUUCACAAUCCCCAUCUUCUCCCACCUCUUCUCCCCCCUCGACAACUACCUCAUCGACUGCGGCUCCACCGCCCCCACCACCCUCAUCGACAACCGCCCCUUCUCCGGCGACCUCACCGGAAAACACACCCCACUCUCUUCCUCUUCCCACGUCGUCUCGAUCCGGAACCAAAGCCCUCUCCCCGGUUUACCCUCAAUCUACCACACCGCUAGGGUCUUCACAAACCCUACAAGGUACUCGUUCCCCAUCAAAGACAGAGGUACCCACAUGGUUCGCCUUCACUUCCACCCCUUCGAUUCCCCGAAACUCGAUCUGGGUCGCGCUCAAUUUCACGUCUUGGUUGAUGGGCAUGUCGUUUUGAGCAAUUUUACCCGUUUGAUGAAGACUGGCGGUGAUGGAAACCCUAGGGUUGUUGAGUAUCUGAUCUGGGUCGAUUCGAAAAAGCUUGUGAUCGUGUUUGUGCCGAGUAAGGAUUCGAAAUUGGCGUUUGUGAAUGCCAUUGAGGUGAUUUCUGCACCCAAAGACCUUGUUCCUGUUAAAGCACAGUAUUUGAAUUUAGGAAAUUUAGAGAGUUUUGAUGGUUUGAACAUGCAAGCACUUGAAGUUGUGUAUAGAGUCACUGUUGGGGGUCCUAAAGUUACCCCUUUUAAUGAUUCAUUGUGGAGGACUUGGGUUACUGAUGAUGAGUUUUUCAAAUCAAGUGUUGGGUCUGAAAGAAUUGUCUUUGGUGGUAGGAUCAAGUAUCAAGUUGGCGGUGCUAGUCGCGAAGUUGGACCGGAUAAUGUGUAUAAUAGUGCAAGGUUGAUCAGGAGUAAGAAUGAUUCUGUUCCUAAUGUGAAUAUGACUUGGGUGUUUUCAAUUGUUGGAGGAUACAAGUACCUGGUUAGGUUGCAUUUCUGUGAUGUUGCUAGCAUUUCGCUUGGUUUGCUAUAUUUCAAUGUUUAUGUCAAUGGCUAUUUAGCUUCUGAAGACUUGGAUCUCUCUUACAUGACAAAUUCACUGGCUUCCCCUUAUUAUGCUGACUUUGUUGUUGAUGGAGAUAGCAGCACAGGGACAGGGGCACUGAGUGUUAGUAUUGGUCCUUCUAAAAACAGCAUUCCUCAUGUCAUUGAUGGUAUAUUGAAUGGAGUUGAGGUUAUGAAGAUGAAUAACUCGCGUAAUAGUCUUGAUGGAGAUGUUUGUGCUGGUUUUGUUAUGCAGAGCUGGUCAAGUGGAAAUUCAGGUAUUGUGCUAACUUUCAUGGCUGCUGUUUGCAUUGUGUUAAGCUUAGCCAUAGUGAUUCGUAGGAGGAUGGUUGAGUCUAGGGAAUCUGUAUCAUGGUCAAGGUUGCCUGUGAAUUUAUCGGAUGAUAAUGUUAAAACCAGCAAUAUAUAGUUUUAUCCAAAGAAAAGAAGAAAAGAUUGGCAGUGUCAGGCAAGUAAACUGUCAGCAAAUCUAGCCAUCUAUGUGGCUUUGAUAAGAAAGUUGAAACAUGAAAGAACAUGCUGUGUUCAAGCUAGAAAGGAUGGUAUAGUUUUGAAGCAUAACUAUUAGGGAUUGUUGUACUGUAUCUAAGUUGUCAUACUUGUUUAUAUCAGAAUAUUUGCGUAUUUAAGGCACACCUUUUGCCUUUACUUGUUGUUCAUUUUGCUAUGUUUUUUAAUGUUAUAGCAUUUUGCAAUGUUUUGUAAUGUUAUAGCUUUCAUCACUGUAAUUGUUUCCACUUGAAAAAUAAAUUAUGUAACCUUCA